AUGUUUGAAGAACAAAAAGAAGACAGAACUUUUAUUUCACUUGGUAACCCACGAGGUCUAGCUAUGACAUCUCUUAAUAAAUAUAUUGCCCAAAGAAAGCAAAUCAAGCCAACACCACUUCUUCCUCCAAAAUCUCCGUCAGAUAACCCAGCAGAAACAAUUGCACAAUUACAAAAUGAGCAAUCAAUUUUGUGUGAAGAGCUUAAUGCCGAAAGAAGAAGAAAUGAAAAUCUCAGCGCAACAUUUAAGUGUGCUCAAUCUUUGUCACAGUCACAAUAUCUAGAAAAACUCAAUGCUAUAUCAACAGAGCUAAGCAAAUCAGAAGAUACAUCUAAAUAUGUUAAAGAAGCUUUGAAUAUCAUAUUAAAUAUUAUUGAUCAAGAAACUCACUUCCAACCAGGCAAACUCAAAGCUGCUUCAGGAACUCCUAUUCAAAGCCAUGAUGAUGAAAAUGAUUCUAAGUUCAAAAAAGAAAAUGAGAAAAUUGAUUCGGAAAUACAGCGCUUAACUCAAGAUAAAGAAGCUAAGCAAAAGCAGUUAGAAGAAUUAGAGCUCCAAAUCGAGAAAAUGGAAGCUUCUAGGCAAGAAUUAGUUGCCAAAUCAAAACAUUACUACGAAACAUACAAGAAACGCGAUGCUGCAUGGAAAGAAAAGGUUCAAAAGAUGAAGGAACAAAUCCAACAGCCUCAAUAA